AUGGAUUUCCACUCCCCGUAUUUGACUGCCCGUGUGUAUUCCAGCCAGCCCGUAUCUGGUUGCACUCGUGGAUUCCUUCUGCCAUCCACGCCCCUCGCAUCUGGUUGUCCGCGUGGACUUCUUUUGCCCCCACACGCAUCUGGUUGUCAGCGUGGACUCCUUCCGCGACCCCACCCUUACAUAUCUGGCUGCCUGCGUGGACUCCAUCCGCGACCCCCCCACUUACAUAUCUGGCUGCCUGCGUGGACUCCAUCCGCGACCCCCCACUUACAUAUCUGGCUGCCUGCGUGUUCUCCUUUCGCGACCCCCCCUUACAUAUCUGGCUGCCUGCGUGGUCUCCUUCCGCGACCCCCCUUACAUAUCUGGCUGCCUGCGUGGACUCGUCCCGCGACCCCCCCUUACAUAUCUGGCUGCCUGCGUGGACUCGUCCCGCGACCCUCCCUUACAUAUCUGGCUGCCUGGGUGGACUUCUUCCGCGACCCCCCCUUACAUAUCUGGCUGCCUGGGUGGACUCCUUCCGCGACCCCCCCUUACAUAUCUGGCUGCCUGCGUGGUCUCCUUCCGCGUGGUCCCCCCGAAAUACAUAUCUGGCUGCCUGCGUGGACUCCUUCCGCGACCCCCCCUACAUAUCUGGCUGCCUGCGUGGACUCCUUCUGCGCCCAUACUUGCUUGAGAUUUUUUUUUUUUUCUAAUGUCUCAUUCAUUCAUUCCCUAGAGUGGUGA